AUUCAGAUCUAGUUCAGGAUGUAGGCUCCCAAUCCCCAAUUCAGAGAUUCAGAGAGGAGCAGAGCAGAAAAGGGGCUCUAGGGCAGCGCUAGAGGUGUGAGUACAGAAAGAAGGAAGCUGAAUAUUCGAUGCUGCAGCAGCACUUCACAGCUCCGGGGGCGCCCGCUGGCUUGGCGGCCAGCGUGGCAAUGGCAUCAGCGUGGAGCCCAACGGCCAGCGCGCCAUUGGAGGCAGGCGCCCGGCCAACCGCGCUCGACAUCCCCUCCCCGUGAAUGCCGUCCCCCUGGCCCCUCGCGGAAAGCGAAUGACGCAAACGCAUGUCUCAGCUCGUUUGACAGUCGGUACAUAUCCAGUCGCCAGCGUAGGUAGCCCCGCGGGUCGAGUAGAGUAGAGUAUGCAAAUGCUUCCUGUCCCCCCAAAAGAACUAGGAGCUCGAGAUGAGCCGCAUAAAGGCGACGCCCACAGCCGGCCAGCAGCCAGCCGACCCGGGCCCGUGCUGCCCAGUUGUUCGUUCCAUCUCCUUUCCCCGGGCAGGCUCUCCUCGCUCUUUACUUUUCUUCAGUUGCUCGGUCUUUUCUUUUCUGGGGGCUCGCCGCUGCUCGCGAGCCUCGAACUUUGUGCAGGCGUUACCGAAGGCAGUGGGCUGGGGUUUGCUCGGCUGGGGCUGGGCCUGGGCUGGGGCUGGGCUGGAAUGGACUGAGCGGGGCGGGGCUGCGAUGCGAUGGGCCGGGCAGACGCGGGCAGGGCAGGGCUGGGGGUUGGACUCGCUUUUAGCCCUAGCACAGCACCGCAGGGAGCGCAGAACGAUGUACGUGCGAUGGUACGAGAGCCUACGAAGCGUAGGACACUCACCUCCCUUUCCCUCCUCGCGCUCCUCCUGAUCUCCUCCUCUCCUUCCGAGGGACAGGACUGGGCUGUCCGGCCCUUACUUUCCUUGGGAGCGGCGAAGGAGCGAGGAAAACCCCGGCCCCGAGGGGGCCCUACCUUAAAAGUCUCCCCUUCCUCCACGCAACGUAAUCAUGCCUGCCGCCUCCCCCUCCUCCUCCUCCUCGCCGCUUCCGUCCGCGCUGCCCGUCCGUUCCUCGGCCGACUGGCGACGAACGGCCGUCCACGUCGUCGUCGGCCUCCCAACUGUGUGCAUGCUGCCUUCCUCGACGGCCCCUGCGCGACGCCUGACGUCGGUCGCGCGGCCACAACCUCGUCCGGCGGUUACCCCCACCCCCCCCCACCCUCCUCUCCGUGGGCAUUCUUUGGACCGCUGGAAAGAGGGAAUAUCGUGAUGGGUCGAGUUCUUCGAGCCCUUUAGCCCCCCUUUUUUGAUUUUCGAUGUUUAUGGCAUCUACGUUUAUUCUUAUUUAUUUUCCCCUGCUUUAUAGCCUUUUUCCCUCACCCAUUUUCCUGGCUGAAUAUUAUCCUCCCGUUUUCCAGCAUCUCGGACUUUCGCGGGCGACCUGGGCUGCGCUUGAAUCUUUUCCUUUUCAACCUUCCCCACCCCUCUUUAAGAGAAAAUAAUUCCCUUUCCGGAGAUUUUCUUAAUUUUCUUGGAUAGAUUUUCUUUUCUUUUCGUUACAUUCUUUUUUCGGUUGAUGUACCCUUGUGAUUCAUAAUAUCUGACCGCGAAAAAUUCCUGGAAGAAUAUUGUGUCAUCCGCGUCACCUUUUCUGAAGUCAUCUGCGGUAUCUUCUCCGGUCUGCAGACAUUUUUAAAAAUAUUUUUCUUCGACAAGCGAUUUUCGACUUAGGCCCGCAAGAAAUUAAAAAACUAUCCCAGGGAAAACGAGGACGUCAGCACGGAUAUUUCCAUACGCAGCACAGCCAGCGUCACCAAAGUGUCGAAGGCAAUCACGAAGGGAACGGUGAUGAUGAUCUACGAAGGUAGGUAAGGAGUGUUCUGAUUCCCAGAACAGUCACUGGCAGCAAGACAGAGAAAAUGAUAGAAAAUACACAUUUACAUAUUUACAGGAUACCCGCCCUCGGCGUCACAUCGAUAGUUACAACAGGCGAACAAAUUUUGAUAAUGGACGUUGCUCCCACCCCACUGCACUGGACCGGACUGGACUUCAAUGUGCAUCGGCUGCAAUCACCCGCACCUACACUCGUAGGUCGCAAAAGAGACACACCUUGCAUUUGCAUGCAAAUCGAAAGUCCGAUAGCAAGAGGGAUUUCCACGUUUGGUGAGGUCGGAGAGAAAGGUAAAGAAAUUAGUGUAGGAAGCUAUCGUUCGAGAAAAGCGUUCAGGUUUCAUGCCCACGUACGACUCGAUGGGAUGGGCUCUUUCCAUCUCGGAUUGUGCAAAAUGAGAGCUGCGAGAGCUGAGCUGAGCUAUGAUAACAACGGAUUCUUCUACAGCUUUUAGUCGAGGGAAUUUUGACUAGCACAAACUCUUCUCGACCGAGGUCGGGCCUACUCUUCGUAUUAUGGCUAGCUACUUCCAGUCCCACCAUCCAUACCAUCCCUCUUUCCUCUCUAAUUCCUCAAAUAAAAUCGAUCUGAAAGCGGAUGCUUUACACCGGCUAAGAUGUAGUAUGUAAAGGAGACAUAAUGUUGCUGACUGAGAUCAAGUGUCAUUGUGCACUUUAAGUGACACACGGAUGCGUCUAUUUCGACCCACUGGUGUAAAUGCCAAGGGCCAGGAGCGCAUAGCAAAUAAAGUAUUGGGAGCUGCGGGUGCGGGAGUGCGAAGAAGAGGGAGGGGAGCUCUUGCACAUUCCAUUCCUCUUGCUCAUCCGGAGCAGUUGAUUCUUCGGACUGGAUUGCAGUUCUUUUGGCUGGAAAUGAUGAAAGGUCAACCGGUGGGGGCCAAAGUAGGAGGGUAGGAGGGUGCGAAAGAUGUAGGUUAUGAUUGAGGCCCGCUUUGCAGCGCCAUUGGUUAUAGAAGGGGCUGCAGAUUUUCUACGUAAUCAAAAGGAGGCGAGUAGGCGAUUUGGGUGCCGAAAAGCAGAGGGCUCUUAAAUUAAAGCGUGACCCGCGGCAGGCAGAAGAAGCAGCCGCCUGGAGGUCGCGGGCGGGGAGUUUCUUCGGACAAUAUGAACCUUGGAAGUCCAUUUAGUGCCCGCGAAGAAAAGUCGAAUGUCAAAGUGAGAUCAUUACCCCCGGCCAUCCUCUAAAGCUGUUCAUC